UAUCCGACGAUCCUCCUUUGUUACACGAUGCCUCAAAAUAACGAUCUGUUUAUUCGCCACUUUCUACUUUUCUGCACUGCUGUUGUCGCCAUAGACGCUCACACCUUCUGUCAAGUUUGAAGAGGCACGGCCAGAUAUGUUUCCCUGCAUGGUCCAGGCGCAGCUUUUUCGCCAAUCGCAGGGCAUGCUCGCCUGGAUUCGUCUGUGCCCAGUCCUGUACAUCUGCGCCGUGGUGCUGUGUCUCUGUUGCGCCAAGUAUGUGUUCCCGUGGAUGAGGUCUCUGUGGAUUUUGAGGACUGCUCCUAAGCCGCCCCAGAAAUGGGCAUUUUCGAUUAUGUUCGAAAUGUGGGAACGCAUGUCCCGAAUGGAUCCGAGUUUGAAAGUGACUGCAAAGAAUUAUCAUAUUUCAGGAAUUUUCAAUUACCUGGAAAGCAAGUUUGACGAGAUCAUCGAUCACGAUUUCACUGUCGUCUACUUCGGUUUACAACCCUUUCUGCUCGGUACGACACCUGAUACAGUCGAGGCUAUACUUACGAAUUCCCAGAACCUCAACAAGCCGUUCCUGUAUAACAUGCUGAAGCCGUGGGUCGGAACAGGUAUAUUAACAAGUGACAAAGAGCUGUGGAGGACAAAGCGAAAAGCCAUCACGCCAGCAUUCCACUUCAAAAUCCUGGACGACUACGUUCCCGUCAUGAACAGAAGGGCGUUGCAGCUGGUGCAGAGACUGCGGGCGCAAGACUUGGGAGAAUACAUCGACGCCCUUCCUGUGAUACGAAAGGCAGCCUUCGGAAUCCUAUUCGAAACUGUACUUGGAGUGGAAAUUGAAGAGGAUGAGGUGGAGAGAAAGGGUCUACUGGAAGUCAACGAUGAGCUGGGAGAGCUGUUCUUCUCCCGGGUUAGCCAGCCGUGGAUGUGGCUAGACGCAGUGUACAACCUUACAUCGGAAUCGGCAGAGUUUAGCCGAUGCCUGAGUAUCAUUCACACGUUCACUCGAAAGGGCCACGAUACCACGGCAGUUGGCAUUAGCUGGGCACUUUACAUGAUUGGACUUCACCAGGACGUGCAGGACAAGAUCGUCGAAGAGCUCGAUGAAAUCUUCGGCAGCGACACCGAGAGGGAUGCUACAAUGGAAGACGUUAGGAGGAUGAAGUACCUGGAAUGUGUACUUAAGGAAUCGCUGCGUCUUUUCCCAUCAGUUCCGCUUAUAGGAAGGGAACUGCAAGAAGACUGGCAAUAUGCUGGCACGAACUUUCCAAAGGGAACCAUCUGCACCAUAUUCAUCUACAGCUUGCACAGGGAUCCAAAGACAUUUCCGAAGCCUGAGGAGUUCAUUCCAGAGAGAUUCCUCCCCGAAAACUGCGUCGGAAGGCACCCCUUUUCAUACGUGCCCUUCUCGGCAGGACCUAGAAACUGCAUUGGUCAAAAGUUUGCGCUGAUGGAGAUGAAAACGCUGGUGUCCAGAGUGCUCAGGAACUACAGGUUACAGUCCAUGUACCACAGAGACAAGGUGCAAAUGGUGUCCGAACUGGUACUGAGGUCGCGAAAUGGGCUUCACAUCAAGAUCUCGGAACGACAACACUGAACCGAGCGAGCGGUGCCUCACCCGAACCUGUACAUAUUUAUUCCUUCAACAAGACAAGGAAUAUGCAACGCCCAGCCGCACCUAAAGCAGCUCUGCGAAGUGAGCAAUCCUUGAGAAGAACUGUGCUCUGGUCUACAACGACGGAGGGGAUGCAAGAAAACUUGGCCCGUGGCAGCCAUAGAAUCCCCCAUGAACAUGGCCUUCAUGCGAAGCGAUGACCAACGCAACUAAUCUGCUCAUUAUAAGUGCUGUCUUCCAAAGCUUCCUUGUCGGAACGAACGAAGGCAAAAGCUCAACCUUCGGUCCAAGCGUUGAGGAUUUUUCACACCGGUGACGACGAGGUUGAGCUGAUAUUGUAAAUAAGAUGCGAACUACAGUGACGCCCGUCGAAUUUUACUGAC